AUGUGUAUUGAGAUGCUUCCUUUUGCCAUUGGCCAUUGGGUAGCUUUCACAUAUAAAGACUAUGCCACGUCGUCAAUGAUCGGGUUUGCCCGAUUGCCUGUAUAUUAUGCUAUUCGAGACGCUCUUGGCACUGUAGACCUUGUGAUCGAUUUCAUGUCGACGUUCUACGGCAGUUCAUACGGGUACCGACAGUUUGAUUCUGUGGAAGCCAUCUUGGACCAUCCGGAAUCGGCGUCUCGUCGAGCGAGAAUCAUGGCUGGACUGAGAUAUAAGAACGGAGGCCGGUCGAAAUACUGGCUUCCCCAGAAAAAGACCCCCAAGUACUCUGCCUUGUCGCCUAAACCCAGUGGAGAUACCAGCACGAGUCUGAUGACAGACAGUGUACGAAGUUAUGGCGGAGUUUACGAUACUAACAGCAGUUAUGAACCGUCUAUUGGCAGCAGCGAUUCGGAAGUGGCUGACCUGGAAGCACAAAACGACGCCCCCCAGUCGCUCGAGCUGCCCGAUCAAGACCUCCAGGGCGACGAAAGUAUCUACACCCAAGCCAAAAGACUGCGGUACGGCGACUAUAACUAUCCCGUCAUCACAGUACGCGAGUCCAUCCAGUACACGCCGGUCAUCGACCGCCAGCUCGCUCGCGGCACGUCCACCACGCUCGCCGAAGAAUACGAGUCGUUUGCUGGCCCGAACGACAGCGACAACGAGUCCACCGACGCGUUUCCCUAG